UGGAUUUUUUUGCAUUUUUUAUUAAUGGUCAAUUUUUAACAUUUGGGAUGGGGCCUUCAAAUAGUCGGGAUCGGCCACGUUCACAUUUUACGUGUGUGAGACUACUUGAAAGUUUUAUCUAUUUCAUCUUUGGAUUUGAAUUUUCUGCUUCUUUCUUUUAUGAGUCUUGUAAUUGGGUUCUUGUUGAAUUUGACUUUUUGGUUUGUGAUGGUAAAUUAUUCUAAUCCAACAUGUUUUGUUUAUUUCAAUUUUCAUCACACUGAUGUCAUUGUACAAGUUUGGUUUUUCAACCUCAAAUGGUGUAAACUCUUGACAAUUUUUUGUGUGUGAAUGACUUUGAAAUUGACAUGUUCAAAUUUUGUCUUUUACUUGAAUUGUUGCAUAUUCAGCAUAUGAACUCUUUGGCACGUGUGUACAUUUUUAUGUUGAGUUGAAAUCUAAUUUGAGGAAAGAUCUUUGGUUUGUUUUUGACAAAUGUGAAGAUGCAAGGUGUGUGGUUUGUACUAAUUGAAAUGGUAGCAGGAAAGUGCAAUGAAGGCUUUAUGAACAUUAGUGUGAUGAGAAUCUUCAUCCAAACCACCUAUAAAACCUGUUCUUUUGUAGUAAUAAGAGCUUUGAGGAGAUGACUUUUGGUUUUUAACCAAAUUUGUCUAUGAGAACACAUUACAGGUCUACAUCAUUGAUUUUGAGUUCCUAGCUAGUUCUUACUUUUCUUCAUUGAUUUUAUUUCCAACUUUCGUGUUACAUGUGGCUGGUCCAUUCAACGACAAGACAUAAUAGUGACGCGGCAAAAGAGAAAUGGUGUCUUCAAAUGUAUAUAAGUUAGUCAUGUCGCUGUGUGCUGAAGAAGAGUAAAAUAUGUGUCAGUAUGAAUAUUUAAAUUUUCUCAUCAUAAAAUGCAAUAGGUGUAUGAAAGAGGAACUCAAUGGACUCUAUUAAAAAUCUUUUCUACCUUGUCACAACCCAAAAUCCUAAACAAAAGUUGUUAGUAUUACAUAACUCUUUGAUUCUAGUACUUAUCACCUUCUAUUUUUGCUCUUGUUCUUCUGAUACCAUAUCUACUCACAAACCCAUAAGAGAUGGUGAGCUUCUGAUUUCUAAAUCUAAAACGUUUGCUCUCGGAUUCUUCUCUCCAGGAAAGUCCACCUCUCGCUAUGUAGGAAUUUGGUACAACAAUUUGCCAAUCCAAACUGUUGUUUGGGUUGCAAACAGAGAUAAUCCGAUCAAUGACACUUCUGGAAUUCUAUCUAUCAGUCCAAAUGGAAACCUAGUACUCCACCGUAACCUUAGUAGCACCGUUCCCAUUUGGUCUACCAAUGUUUCAUUACCACAAUCACAAAGAAAUAGCACUAGUGUUGUUAUAGCUCAACUAUCGGAUAUAGCAAACCUUGUUCUUAUGAUAAACAACACCAAAACUGUAUUAUGGGAAAGCUUUGGUCAUCCCACAGACACCUUGCUUCCAUAUCAAAGGCUUGGUUUUGAUAGAAAAACAAAUCAAAGUUGGUUCCUUCAAUCCUGGAAGACAGAUGAUGACCCUGGAACGGGUGCAUUCACAGCAAAAUUCAGCACCAUUGGCAAACCUCAGUUGUUUAUGUACAACCAUGAUCUUCCUUGGUGGCGUGCUGGACAUUGGAACGGUGCAUUAUUCGUAGGUCUACCUAAUUUGAAACGAGAUAUGGCCAUUUCUAACGUUUCUUUCGUUGAAUAUGACAACUAUGUAGCACUCUCAUAUAACAUGUUUGAUAAGUCUGUCAUUACUAGGAUAGUGGUUCAGCAAUCUGGUUUCACACAAACAUUCUCGUGGGACAAUCAAAAGACUCGAUGGAUCCGGCACUGGUCUGAACCAACAGACCAAUGUGAUAGCUAUGGAACAUGUGGAUCAAACAGUAAUUGUGACUCUUCGAAUUUUGACGACUUUAAGUGUACUUGUUUACUUGGUUUUGAACCGAAAUUUCCACGUGAUUGGUAUGAAAGUAGAGAUGGGUCAGGAGGGUGUGUAAGAAAGAAAGGUGAAUCUGUUUGUGGGAAUGGAGAAGGGUUUGUGAAAGUUGUAAGCUUGAAAGUUCCUGAUACAUCUAUGGCAAUUGCUAAAGGUGGUUUGAGUUUGGAAGAAUGUAAGACAGAAUGCUUCAAAAACUGCUCUUGUACGGCCUAUGCAGUUGCUGAUGUGAAAAAUGGUGGAAGUGGAUGUUUGACAUGGUAUGGGGAUCUAAUGGACAUUCAAAAACUUAGUGAUCAAGGCCAAGAUUUAUUUUUACGAGUCGAUAAAGUUGAACUUGCCAAUUACUACAAAAAAAGCAAAGGAUUCCUUGAUAAAAAGAGGCUGGCUGCAAUUCUGGUAGCUUUUAUAGUUUCAGUUGUCCUCCUUCUCUCCUGGGUGUAUUGCAUGUGGAGGAGAAAAAGAAAGGAUAAAAUGAUGCGGCAAUUAAACCAAGAUUCCUCUGAAGAAGAGAAUGAUGCUCAAAGCAACACACAUCCAAAUCUACCCCUUUUCAGCUAUAAAACGAUAAUGACAGCGACAAGAAAUUGUGGUCAUGAGAAUAAGCUUGGACAAGGUGGAUUUGGCUCUGUCUACAAGGGUUGCUUGGUUAAUGGACAAGUGAUAGCAGUGAAAAGAUUGUCCAAAGAUUCAGGUCAAGGCAAAGAAGAGUUUAAAAAUGAAGUUACACUUUUAGUUAAACUCCAACACAGAAAUCUAGUGAGGUUACUUGGUUGUAGCUUUGAAAACGAAGAAAGGAUGCUAGUUUACGAAUACCUACCAAACAAAAGCUUAGACUUCUUUAUAUUCGAUCAAAACCAAAGGUCUUCAUUGGAUUGGGUUAAGCGUUUUGAUAUUAUUUGCGGGAUUGCGCGAGGUGUUUUAUAUCUACAUCAAGAUUCGAGGCUGAAAAUAAUUCAUAGAGAUCUAAAAGCCAGCAAUGUUCUCCUUGAUGCUGCAAUGAUUCCCAAAAUCUCAGAUUUUGGUAUGGCUAGAAUAUUUGGAGAAGAUGAAAUCCAAGCAAGAACAAAAAGAUUGGUCGGAACAUAUGGAUAUAUGUCACCAGAAUAUGCAAUGGAAGGACGGUACUCAACAAAAUCUGAUGUCUUCAGUUAUGGUGUCUUACUACUGGAGAUUAUUGCUGGCCAAAGAAACACACAUUGUGAAAUAGGAAGAGCCUCCCCAAAUUUAAUUGGUCAUGUGUGGACACUAUGGACAGAAGGAAGGGCAUUGGACACAGUUGAUUCAACACUAAAUCAGUCUUAUCCUCCUGCUAUAGUUCUGAGAUGCAUUCAAAUUGGACUUUUGUGUGUGCAAGAAAAUGCCAUGAAUAGACCAACAAUGUCAGAAGUUGUGUUCAUGCUAUGCAAUGAAACACCUGUUUGCCAACCUCAAAAACCAGCAUUCUUAUUCAAUGGAAACCAAGAUUUGCAAGAGUCAUCAACAUCAGGAGGAGGAUCUUCGAUAAUUGAAUUAACAGAAACUACCAUCAGUGCUCGCUAAAAACUACCUUAAUCAGUUUUGUAAAUUUUUUGCUCAUGAAUUGAGUUUAGAUGUUUAGAAUCUUAAGAUAUGCAUAGAUUUAAGUUAUAUUCUGUUGAGAAAAUCUAUAUAUAAGAUUGGUCUUUUUUAGUUGUAUUCAUCCCUAUAGUCCAGAUGCUUGAUGAUAGAUUUAAAUGUAUUCACUUGUAUAUACAUAAUAACAGGCUAAGA